AGAGAGAGAGAGAGAGAGACCCUUACCAGCUGUGUUACAUUGUUAUAUUUGAGUGCUGGGUGUUCACUGUAUAGUCAUUAACGUGUUUGCAGUUGGGUGUUUCUUUCAGUCUGCAGUGCGAUAUCCUCAUGUCUGAACCCUUGGAUGAGGGUCACUUGCCAGAGGAAGAUUUUUUUUGUUCCUGCCUCACUGUUUUUUUUUUUUUACUUCCUUCUUGGGCAGAAGGCUGGUGUAAUAGAAACCAGACACAAGCCAGAAUGUGAGGCAUUCACAGCGGCAAGACCUCACUUCUUCACAUUUUGUUUAGUGCCAGGACAUUAAGAUGGAAGUGGAAAUCCAUGGAUCAGACUGAGGGUUUAUCAAGAGAGAGCAGAGGAGACUUUCAGGAUGGGAAAUGCUUGUAUACUUUUACCAGAUUCUAGUUGAAAAGCGUAAAAGACAAACAUGAGCUGGAGCUUCCUCACCCGUCUCCUGGAAGAGAUUCACAACCACUCCACCUUCGUGGGGAAAGUGUGGCUGACUGUGCUCAUCAUCUUCCGCAUUGUGCUCACAGCAGUCGGAGGUGAGUCCAUCUACUCGGACGAGCAGACCAAGUUCACCUGUAACACCAAACAGCCGGGUUGUGACAACGUAUGUUAUGAUGCCUUUGCUCCCCUCUCGCACGUCCGCUUCUGGGUCUUUCAGAUCAUCAUGAUAUCCACUCCUUCCAUCAUGUACAUGGGCUAUGCAAUUCACAAAAUAGCCCGAACUUCAGAGGAGGAGCGCAGGAAGCACCAAAGGCUCCGCAAAAAGCUGCCUCCUCAUUCGAGAUGGAGAGAGAGCCACCAUCCUGAGGAUGUCUUGGAACAGGAGGAAGAUGAUGAUGCUGAGCCCAUGAUCUUUGAUACACUGGAAGUGCAGGAGGCAAAGCCUGAGCAAGUAAGCAUCACGAAGAAAACCCCACCAAAAUACGAUGGCCGCAGAAGAAUAAUGCAAGAAGGACUGAUGAGGAUCUAUGUUCUUCAGCUCAUGUCACGAGCUAUUUUUGAAAUUGCUUUCCUUGCGGGACAGUAUCUCCUCUAUGGUUUUCGAGUCAGUCCUUCUUAUGUGUGUAGCAGGAUUCCCUGUCCACACAGUGUGGACUGUUUCAUCUCUAGGCCCACAGAGAAAACAAUCUUUCUUCUCAUCAUGUAUGUGGUAAGCUGUCUUUGUCUAGUGCUUAAUGUGUGUGAGAUGCUUCAUCUGGGACUUGGGACUUUUCGGGAUACACUUCGCAUGAAGAGGAACCGGGGCCGCGGAACAUCCUAUGGCUACCCGUUUUCGCGCAACAUCCCAGGCUCUCCUCCAGGGUACAACCUUGUCAUGAAGACAGACAAACCUGGCAGGAUCUCCAACAGCCUCAUCACACAUGAGCAGAACAUGGCUAAUGUGGCCCAGGAGCAGCAGUGCACCAGCCCAGAUGAGAACAUCCCCUCUGAACUGGCAAGCCUGCACCGACACCUACGGGUUGCCCAGGGGCAGCUUGACAUGGCCUUUCAGACAUAUCAAACCAAAAACAACCAGCAAACCUCCAGAACCAGUAGUCCAAUAUCUGGAGGCACAAUGGCAGAGCAAAACCGAGUUAAUACAGUCCAGGAGAAACAGGCAGCCAGACCAAAAUCAGCAACAGAGAAGGCUGCACCCAUUGUAAAAAACGGGAAGACCUCGGUCUGGAUCUAGAGGAUAAAUCUAAUUUAAUGCAUUAACGGUAUCAAUGUUCUCUUAAGGACUCUAGGGCUGCACUGUAACACAUCUGGAGGAUGUGUGAGUGAGUAUAAUGUGUGACUUUGAACAAUAACACUGAGAAUUUCAAUCACCCUAUAGCUCACCCAAGGAAACGCACAUGAAGCAAUUAUCAAGCCCAGAAUCACCAAUCUUUUUUUGUUUCUGUUGUGUGUCAUUCUGUGCUUGCCAUAAUGUCCGGACAUAGUUAAUUAGCACAUGCUUACUUAGUGAACAUCUGUAUUUCCAGCUAAAAUGUCAAAGUCUAAACUGAGUGUUUUUAAAUCUAUUUAUCUGAUCUACCCUUGAAUGCCACUGAACUGGAUUAAUUUGAAGAAAUUUAACUAAGUGUGUGAUUGUACCCUAAAUCCUAAUUUGCACUUGACGAUGAUGAUUGCUGUUUGAAAGAUGCAUGACUAAUAUUUGGUGAGGUGUUUUUGGAAAAGUGUAGUUUUGACUGUUGCUGGAAUUAGAUAAAAGGAGAAAUAUUUUGGUAAGGGGUGGAAGAGUACUUUGAUUAGUGUGAUGAAGUUUUGUGUGCAAAUCCUUUAUCCAUCCAGUGUUUUCCAAAGAAAAGCAGUGUCACAUCUAAAGGCAAAGAGAUUAAUUAAAAGGAAAUCGGAUUAUUGCCCAAAGUAAAUACUUGUUUUAUGCAAUCCAAAACAGAUACAGACAUAUGCCGGAGACAACUGGGGACAUACAGAACAUUUAGACUACAGUAGAACUCCCAUCCUUUGCUGUUAAGUUAGGUUCCAGUUGUGUUCAGGCAUGUUGGUAUUGAUGAUGUGUAUUUUAGUUCCUAUCGUCAUUAAAAAUUUAAUCCUGCCUUCAUUAUUGUCACACUUCAAAGUGCCUUAGACUUUAAAGACUGUUCUGGUAUUUUUUUCAUGAAGAAAUAAAUGGAUUUGAAAUCUCUGA